AUGUGUUAUCAAAANAUCCAGAGAUAUAAAGCACUGAGUGCAGAAGAAGCCGAACAGGAGUUUAGCCGUAGGAAUAAAGUAAUGAAUUAUUUUUCACUGAUGUUGCGUAAGAGGCUUAGAAAUGAUGAAGAAGGUGCAGAUGACGAGGAGUUAAUAGAUGGUGGAAAAGGAAAGAAACCUACUAAAAAGGAGAAAGAUUUAAAAAUAUCCGAAAUGGAUGAAUGGAUGGACACCGACGAUGAUGACUCGGGUAGUGACGAGGAAGAAGCUAAAAAGAGUUCUGAGGAAGAGGAUAGUAAGAAAAAGAAGAAAGGCAAAGUUGAGGUUGCGAAAAAGAAGAAGAAGAAGAAGAACGCUUCAGAUGAUGAAGCAUUUGAAGAAAGCGAUGAUGGAGAUGAAGAGGGAAGAGAAUGUGAUUAUAUUUCUGAUUCUUCUGACUCUGAAUCAGAACUAGAACAACAAAAGGAAAUUAAGUCAGUUGCAGAAGAGGAUGCUCUAAGAAAACUGCUUGCUUCUGAUGAAGAAGACGAAGAUGAAGAAGAGGCAGAUAAAAAGGAUGGUGAUGAGGAUAAAGAAGAAGAUGAUGAACAUAAAGAUAAGGAUGACAAAGAUAAAGACAAGACCAAUAAAGAUGCAGAUAAAAAGAAAGAUAAGAAAAAGAAGAAAAAACAAUCUAAGAAGAAAGAUUCCAAGAAGCUUGCACCGGGAAAAGAAUCUUCUAGCGAUUUUUCUAGUGAUUCUGAUUCAGAAUCCGAUACAGUAAAAGAGAAAGAUAACAAAAAAUCUAAUAGUGCGCAUAGCUCAAGAUCUGCAACGCCUACAGCUGGGAUAUCAGAUUCUUUAAAGAGGAAGCAAGCGGGGUCGCCAGAUAUAUCGCAAGCAAAGAAAUUGAAAUUGGACAACUUUAAUUUAGUGCCAGUAACUUCUUAUAUUCCAGGAGCCAGUGAAUCUGGUAUAACGGAAGAUGCAGUCAGACGUUAUCUUAUGCGUAAACCGAUGACAACAACGGAAUUAUUGCAAAAGUUUAAGUCAAAGAAAACCGGUCUUACUUCUGAACAGUUAGUAAAUGUAAUGACACAGAUACUGAAAAAAAUCAAUCCCACCAAACAAACAAUAAAAAAUAAAAUGUAUCUAUCUAUUAAAACCCAAUCUAAUUGAUAUUUGCUAAUUUGUUUUUAUAGCAUAGCAUAAUUACUUUAACACUAUGUAACAUGUACAUGUAAUGCGUGAAAAAAUACUUUGUACAGUGACAAACAGAAAAAUAAAUAAAUAAAUUAAUUAAAAUUUAUUUUCAUUA